AUGGAUCCUUUAAAGUACCUAUUUGAAGUACCGACGCUAGUUGGAAAAUUGGCCAAAUGGUUGGUCCUACUGUCUGAAUUUGAUAUUGUGUAUGAGACUCGAAAAACUAUCAAAGGGCGUGUAGUGGCCGAAUUUCUUUCUGAAAAUCCAGUUAAUGAAGAGGAAGAAGUCGAAACAGCCUUCCCGGAUGAGAGUCUCAAGCUAGUAGAGGUCCAGCCAUGGAAAAUGUACUUUGAUGGGGUCAUGAAUAAAAGCGGGCGAUGCAGGGUAGUUUUGGAAGCACCGAAUGGAGAACAAUUGUUAAUGUCAAAAAGGCUAUGUUUCCCAACCACUAAUAAUAUUGCAGAAUAUGAGGCUUGCAUUUGUGGCCUAGAGGCAUUAAUAGCUGUUGGGGCUAAAAAAGUGGAGGUGUUUGGAGAUUCAAUGCUAGUAGUUUCCCAUAUUAAAGGUGAAUGGGAAUUGAAAGAAGAAAAGUUGAGGCCAUACAGGUAUGCUAAGAAACUAUUAUUUAGCUUUGAGGAAGUGACAAUGAAGCACAUGCCUAGAGCUUAG